UCUAGGUCACCUUAUUCACAAGACGAGAUUACUCCUCCUGACAAGUGGGAAAUUCUGCCUGAGCAAAUAGAGUUUGAGGAAGAGCUGGGGAGAGGAGAAUUUGGUGUUGUUUACAAAGCAAAAUUUAGACAGAGAGAUGAGAUGGAGGUGUUGGACAAUGCGGAGACUUCAAAAUGGCCUGUAUCAUCCGCAAAGAAAGAAGCACAGGUGGUGGCUGUCAAAGUUUUACAUGGUAAGAAAUACUGACUUUUAUCUCCAUAGACAAAGGCAUAAAGUCUUAACUGCCUUUCAGUCCUCUUCAGACUACUGUAAGAACCCUUUUGGAUUUAAGUUACUCUCUGGGAACUUUAAGAACGCAAAGAAAAUUUAGCAGAAAAAAAAAACUCGGCCCUUUUCGAAGACGUGAUCGCAUGAUAUUAAAACAAAUUACACUGACCACCUAAAGACAUUACGUUUUUAAAAUCGGGAUUGUCUCUCGUUAGUGAAGAGCACGGAAAAGUUGGAAGUGUAAGUGAUUUGUGGUUUCUUUAUUCACUGUGUAAGUGUGAAAAAAUAAAUUAAUGCUGUCAAUUUCCAAAAAAGUAGGUUUUUAAAGCCUAUUAGCUCUAAAGAAAUGCAUCUCUUACGAAUUUACAUCUCCCAAAACCAAAAAAAAGUAAAUUGAUCUACAGAGCCUGAAUUAAAGCCAAUAAUGAAAAUAAAUUUAAAAAAUGCAGCCUGUAGUCAACACAUGUAUGAGAACUCUUUCUGAAGGAUCGGAUGCAUUUGAUAAUUUGUCUCCCCUUUUUGUGAUCCAUGUUGCCCAGGUUACACCCCAAAUCAUUUGAUAAUGAGGAGAAGGGAAAAAAAAUUAUGAAACUGAGCUACGACAUCACCAUGCUGAAGGCUAGACCCAGGGGGUACUCUCUUAUAGAAGUUAUACAAUUGUGAGCGGGGCCGUAGGACAUGGUUGCUGACCCCUUUAUUUAUGAAAUUGGGAAAAGAUUUCCACGAUUUGGGAAAAACAGAAACAGAUAAAACGUGAAACAGGAUUAGGUUUUGCUCUGCCUUGUACCAGGUCUGUAUUUAUUUUAUUCUGUUUUAUUGUUGGUUUAUUAUUUAUUUAUUUAUUUUCCUAUCUAUCUAUUUUUUUUUCAUUCGCCUUUUAUGAACAGCGGUUUAGGUAGUGAGGGAAACCACAUAGUCACAUCACACCACCACCGAAUUUUCCAGGAGUACCUCCCGGGGCUGCUGGGAGGGUGCAGUGGUAAACUAAAAAUAAUAACAAAUGUCUGAAUAUUUCUCGAUAUUCUAUUACACGGUAGAAUCAGACAUCUGUAUAUACCCUUGUGCGUUAGAGGAUGAGUGGGAAGCGGUAAAAAUGGACGAAUAUGUUUUUCAUAUGAAACAUUUUGCACUGAAUAAUGCUGAAAAAUAACUAUAAUAAAAUCAAUGUCAUUUUAUUUAAUUAUCUUUAGAUAAUCCAUCUGAAGUACAGAAAGCGGAGUUCACGUUUGAGAUUGAACAGAUGAAGCUGUUGGGUUCACAUAAGAACGUUGUAUCCAUGGUUGGAUGCUGCACACUUCAGGAGAAAAUGUUCCUGGUUACAGAAUACGUUCCGUGUGGUGACCUGCUGACGUGGCUACGCCGCAGAAGAAAAAAGGUAUGGACAUGACCAAUUAUACAACUAGUUUAUAACGAAAUUAUCAAGAAACAGAUGUAGGGAGACAACAUUACGAAUAUAUUUUGGUACUAUCAGAACAUUUUGUACAACUUAUUCGAGCAACUGCAGUUACUUCAAAAUUAUGAAAGCACAUAAUGAUAAUACUAACAAUAAUAAUUAUAUUUUUGUUACUUGCUUGAUGUUUAGAUCAAAGACCUUCAAGCUACCGAGAGAUGUUAUGCUGACAAAGAGGUUCUGAAAGAUCACGGAGAGACCAGAGAUCAUGUAGGCUUGUAUAUAAACUGUAGUUUAACUUUCCAUACUAGCUCUGUCUUAAAAACGUUUAUUAUCCAGAGUGCUUGUUUGUUUUAUGUCUGGUUGACCUACUGUAGCUAUCUAAUCUACCCAUCCGAUUGUUAUUGAAUGGUUUGCACGUAACGUAAUCAUAAUUCAAAAUAAAGAAUUAUUUAUCCUUCUGAGUUUCAAUUUAGUGAACUAUUAGAGCAACUGAACACAUGUAAUUCUACAAAGUUUCAGUUCGAAAGGGUUCUUCAUUUUGACAGAAUACGUUUGAAUAUUCUAAUUUAGUACAUACACACUCAGUGAUCUUGGUAAUUCAAGCAAUCUGAUUGGUUAGCUAUUUCGGACUAUGACGUUAUAUUCACCGCGCUAGGCGGUGAAUAUGUAGCAGAACGAAAUCGCUGUCGUGAACUGGGUGUUUUACCAAAGUUUCAUAGUAAAGCCUUUUUGAAAAUACACGAAUAUUCAUGUGCUGAUGACUUUAAAGGCAAGGAAAGACUUCAUGGUGUUUAAACAGCGUGAUUUAUUGUGAAGUUGUUUAUUGUAGCUGACUUUUUGUACGCUCGAAGCUAUCUUUACCACUACAGAGGAAAACGAGGUCGCUUUGUCACUGUUUCGUGAUUUCGGGAUUUUCUCAAAAGACCAAUUCUACCUAUGAAUAGAAGUUAAUUGUGGCUAUAUGGCCGGUAACCGGUCAAGGUUUUCAAAACACUAAAUGGCCGGCAGUCCUAUAUUAUCAGUAAAUUUCACAAAAUCGAAAGAUUCUAGCUAAUCUAAACUAUCAUAUGUCGAUUAAGACAGGUCAAGCGAUCCUGAAAUGCUUUAUAGAUCUCAAGUCUAGUGUUUGCUUUACGCUGGGCUCAGAAGACGAAACCGUGUUUUGGGUCACAUAACUUUUUUCAGUUCGACUGCCGGUCAAGGUUUUCAAAACACUAAAUGGCCGGCAGUCCCAUAUUCUCAGUAAAUUUCACAAAUCGAAAAAAUUCAGCCGUUCCGAACUAUCAUAAGUCGUGAUCCUGAUCAAAGUCUCUACGCGUUAGUUCCCUUCUGGAGCUGAAAUACACUUCAACAUUAUCUUGUCGACGUUAUGAUGAAACAGCUCAGCUCCAGAAGGGAACUAACGCGUGGAGACUUUUCCCGCCGGUUUUCCUCGGGUCAAGAUGUUAUGACGUCAAACGUCGCCUGUCACGCCAUGCUUUGGACAGAAAAUAGUAACAUAGUAACGAACAUCCAAAGACUCGAGACCAACAAAAACAUGAUAUAGAAAUACCACAAAACCGGCUGGUUUGAUCAGGAUCACGACUUAUGAUAGCUCAGAACGGCUGAAGCUUUUCGAUUUGUGAAAUUUACUGAGAAUAUGCGACUGCCGGCCAUUUAGUGUUUUGAAAACCUUGACCGGCAGUCGAGAUGAAAAAAGUUCUAAGUGUCACAAAACACGGUUUCGUCUUCUAAGCCCAGCGUAAACCAAACACUAGACUUGAGAUCUAUAAAACACUUCAGGAUCGCUUGACCUGUCUUAAUCGACAUAUGAUAGUUUAGAUUAGCUAGAAUCUUUCGAUUUUGUGAAAUUUACUGAGAAUAUAGGACUGCCGGCCAUUCAGUGUUUUAAAAACCUUGACCGGCAGUCGAGAUGAAAAAAGUUCUAAGUGUCACAAAACACGGAUUCGUCUUCUGAGCCCAGCGUAAACCAAACACUAGACUUGAGAUCUAUAAAGCAUUUCAGGAUCGCUUGACCUGUCGUAAUCGACAUAUGAUAGUUAAGAUUAGCUAGAAUCUUUCGCUUUUGUGAAAUUUACGGAAUAUGGGACUGCCGGUCAUUUAGUGUUUUUAACACCUUGGCCGGUUACCGGUCAUAUAGCCACAGCGUUUCGAAAAUUGUACGUGCCAGCAAGUUAACGAGGCAAAGAACAUUGGAGAUAAACAACGCUCACCUUGGUCGUAGCCGCUGUUGACAGCAUUUGCAAGAAGCGACAAAGAAAACUUUUUCAUUCACGGUGAGUUGACAGAAACAAAUAAAGCUCUACUUUUCUUCUCAGAAUUGGGUAGAAAUUUAAAUUUUGGGCCUUUUCUUUUAAACUGUUGAUGCUAAAGCUUACAAAACUCGAUACAAAAAGUUUAAAACUAUCAUUUGCCAUGUUUAAAGAUGCUGUAAAGAUCUAACUUUUGCGCAUCCACUGUUUACGGUUUCGUGUUCACGCAUGAAUUCACCCGUCAAUCAAACUAAUCGUUUUUUAUUGGUUUCCUUUCUGAUUCUGUUGAGAUCACUUGGUGUGAAUAUACUAAAACAAUUAUUCACCCAAGGCUCAGUUAAUAUUGUUGAAUAAUUAUUUAACAAUAUUAACUUCGCCUUCGGCGAAUAAUUGUUAAAUAUUGCGUGACGCGACAAUAAUGGGGCAGCAAAAUCUGUCACGUAACUGUAAUUGAAAGAGUGACAUCUUUUUUUUAGAUUUUUUUAUCUGAACAGUCCCUGUUUUUUGAAUAAGUAUUAAGUUUAAUGUUUAUGAGCUGUCUUGAGAUGAGCACUCGCUUUAUGGCAAUGUUUCUGUUAGUUUUCGGUCGCCAUAUCUGUGUUCCUCAGAGGGACACCAACAUGGCUGGCGUCUCAAAACAAAGCUCUAUAAAUUUGGGUAACACAUUUCUACGAAUACCUCGCAAACGAAAAAACUGCACAGACCUGAAUCGUAGCAAGACGUUUUGCAUAGAUUCCUGAUCGAAUUUACUCAUUUCCACACAGGUCAUUAAACUUGCUAAGAAACAGAUAAAGAAAGCAAAGAAAAUACAAUUGAGCAUGGAAAUGACCCCAUUACUACGAGAUGACAGCAAGGGCACAGCGUCGACUUCUUAUUAUCUCGGUGACAAAGUAUGAAAGAAGUCUGCCAGGAGAGCUUAAAGAUUUUAGAUGACGUUUAUUUCUACUGUAUAUGGAAAAACUGCUUAAUUAACAAUUAAUGAAUGAGGCUGAGAUACGAAAGCCGAAUUCAAUAAUUGUUUUGUUAUUCAUUCAAAAUUAUUCCUAGAUUAAAAACAUGGCUAAAACAUGCUUACCUCCAUCGAUCAUCGAUGUUAAGUUUAUCUUCGAUAGUGCACGUUUAGGUUUGUCCAGCUCCGCAAAUAUUCUCCAAAUAGCAGAUGUCGUCCUUCGAGUUGUCUUCUUGCUGUUCUUGCCAUGUUUUUAGCUAUUUUUCGCCUAGUUCUUACUCUUGAAACAAGUGAAAUGUCCGCCAUUUUUCAAGUUCACAACCAAAACAACUCAACCUCGUCCCCAGGUCUUCUCGGUUAACGGUGCCUUAACCCGCGAAAACGCUGCAUUUUUGACGUCAUUUCCUCGUUAAACACAAAAUUCUUCCAAAUUUGGUCAUCAGUAACUGGUUAUGGUGAAUUAAACGUGUGCUUUUAGCCAAUCAGAAUUGGGAAAAUAUUUUGAAUGAAUAAUAACUCAACUUAAACGUGGUUAAGGCUUGUAGCUUAUGAAAGGAAUUCUCGUAUAAUCCUUGUAAUCCUGACUAGUGCAAUCGAUAGAGUCGAUAAUUUAACAGUCAAUGAAUGAGACUGAGUAUCUUAUGAAGAAUUAUGGAGAUCGAGGAGGAUGUUAUCCGUCGAGGCCGUAGACCGAGGCGGAUAACACCCUCCGAGAUGUCCAUAAUUCUUCAUAUGAUACGAAAGCCGAAUUCAAUAACUGUUUUAUUAUUCAUUCAAAAUAAUUCCUAGUUUAAAAACAUAGCUAAAACAUGCUUACCUCCAUCGAUCCAUCGAUGUUCAGUUCAUCUUCGAUAGUGUAUGUUUAGGUUUGUCCAGCUCCGCAAAUAUUCUCCAAAUGGCAGAUGUUGCCCUUCGAGUUGUCUUCUUGCUGUUCUUGCCAUGUUUUUAGCUAUUUUUUCGACUAGUUCUUACUCUUGAAACGAGUGUAAUGUCCGCCAUUUUUUCAAGUUCACAACCAAAACAACUCAACCUCGUCCUCAGGUCUUCUCGGUUAACGGUGCCUUAACCUGCGAAAACGCUGCAUUUUUGACGUCAUUUCCUCGUUAAAGUCAAAAUUCUUCCAAAUUUGGUCAUCAGUACCUGGUUAUGGUGAAGUAAACGUGUGCUUUUAGCCAAUCAGAAUCGGGCAAAUAUUUUGUAUGAAUAAUAAUAACAAUUAAUGAAUGAGGCUGAGUAUCUUAUGAAGAAUUAUGGAGAUCGAGGAGGGUGUUAUCUGUCGACGCCACCCUCCGGAUUCAAUAAUUGUAUUAUUAUUCAUUCAAAAUAAUUUUUAGCUUAAAAACAUGGCUAACUCAUGCUUACCUCCAUCGAUCCAUCGAUGUUAAGUUUAUCUUCGAUAGUGCACGUUUAGGGUUGUUCAGCUCCGAAAAUAUUCUCCAAAUAGCAGAUGUCGCCCUUCGAGUUGUCUUCUUGCUGUUCUUGCCAUGUUUUUAGUUAUUUUUUUGCCUAGUUCUUACUCUUGGAACGAGUGAAAUGUUCGCCAUUUUUCAAGUUCACAACCAAAACAACUCAACCUUGGACCCAGGUCUUCUCGGUUAACGGUGCAUUAACCUGCAAGAACGCCGCAUUUUUGACGUCAUUUCCUCGCUAAACACAAAAUUCUUCCACAUCUGGUCAUCAGUAACUAAUUAUGGUGAAUUAAAUGUGUGCUUUUAGCCAAUCAGAAUGGGGGAAAUAUUUUGAAUGAAUAAUAAUCGAUAAAGAGCGAUUGAUUAAAUUGAAAAUCGAUAAAAAUUAAUAGGGGAAAAAGUUGUUGCUAAUCGAUAAUUAUCGACUUUACUCGAUUUUUAUCGAAGUUGUCAAUUAUAUAUCGGCCGCUUACUUACUUAAGUUUAACAUGGGCAAAGAACGUUGUUUCCGAACUUUCGGCUUUGGACGGUCAAAUUUGUAGCGAAAUUUUUGUUCACAAAUUACACUCAAUAUUCUAGCUUACGAAACAUUUUCCGCCAAUCUACAGGAUAAAAAAGAGUUAUAAACAACUGAUUCAGCUUGCUUGUACUAGAAUCUGUUCAAUUUGAACCCUACAAUGUAUAUAGUUCAGGUAGUGAGGAUAAUGUCCAGUGAACAGUUUUUCAGCAAGACCCUUAAAUUGCUUCUUCAAAAAGCAUAUUGGAAAGGAUCAUUUAAAUCGCUCUGUAAAUAUGCAAGACAAAGUAGAUAAUGAACUCCGCAACUAAAUGGAAAGAGAAGUAGCAUGACCAUAAAACACGAUAAAAAUAUGAGAGAAAAUCAUCAUUUAAAGCAGAAAACAUCUGCGUCUUGUUAAUAUUAUUUUUUUUUAAGUAAUGCAUUUUUGGGUUUUGAACCUGAGAGGCAAUCGAUAAUAUCGUUAAAUUAGUUAAAAACGAUAGCGCUGACAAUUGAUUUCCUGAUAUCGGUUUUUAUCGAUUGCGCAAGUCAAGUGUAAUAUGCAAAAGUUGUCUCUUUAUUUAAUGAUCUGGGAACCGAGAAGCGCCUCUUUAUGAAAAGAAUUAGUUUACUAUAAAGACGUUUAGAAAAAUCAGAGAGAGGUUUGGGGAUCAAGUAGGCUUAUCACAAGACUAAAUUUGGUAUUGAAUAUUUUACUGAUCAGGCCUACUAAAGAUCCAGCUGAUCCUCUCUGGUUUGUCGUUGUGGUUGUUCCUUCAAAAGUGUUUCUUAUACCACAAAACGUGAUAGAGAUAAAAGUUGUUGCUAAUCGAUAAUUAUCGACUUUAAUCGAUUUUUAUCAAAGUUGUCGAUUUAAUCGGCGCUUACUUAAUUAGGUUAACUGCGUGACGCGGCUUUUACAUGGUAGCCUGCACGCAAGCUCUCCGGGGCGCUCUGGCGACGGGGCGAGAAAAGGAAGGAGAGCUUGCAACUACGUCUCUGGAAUUUGAAUUCUACCUCCAAUUCGCAUGUGGCUCCCCGUCGACUGAGCUGUCAGAUUUCCACCAAUCAGCGCGAAGCGGAAACGAGCGCGAUUGUAAACAAACGAAAAGCACGUGCCAAGGGUAAUGGCGUCAUUACUAAUGUCAUCUCCGCCAAUCAGCAUUUCGUAUCGACUUAUUCUUUUCCAGAGACAUAGCUACAAACUCUCUUUCCUUUUGCCGCCCAGCCGCCAGAGCACCCCGGAGAGCUUGCUCGCAGGCUAUUUACAUGGCGGACGAGAGAGCUGCCAUGAAGGCUGAAAAAGUGACUCUGUUGGUGGGAUUUUGCUAUCUGAAUGGUCAUUGUAUUAAUGUCAAUGUUAAUGAGUUCCUCAAAAGAUGAAUUCACCUUUAAGUAGCACAACUCCGUGACACAUGUUUCUGUUGGUUUUCGGCUGCCAUGUUAGUGACUAUCCGGAUGGGCACCAACAUUGCGUUUCCAGAUAAAGCUCUAUAAAUGUAGGUAAAAAAAUUCGCCGAAUUUCUCGGGCAUGAAAAAUUUCACCGACCUGAAUCUUGGCGAGGGCAUUUGUACAUUUACCUUCUUUCAUUUCCCAGAUUCUAGACUUUCUAUUAGACGGUUUUGAUUUUUAUUUUUAAUAGCGUGACAGUGAAAACCUGCAAUAGCGUUACAUUUCUUCUACAUGUAAAUGUUAUCGCCAUUUUCUUUAAUCAUUUAGCAAAGUUUGGCUGAUGAGUAUGAAGUUAAGGAGGAUCAACAUUCUAUGCACCAAGACCAAGAAGACAUUGCAGUGUCUCCGCAACAAAGCAACGAAGACGCCGUUCUUGAAGUGAUUCCAUCGACUUCCACCGAAGUAGAUGUAAGACGAAAACAAAAACACCAUAAUAAUUACUUAUUCACUAAUAAAGAAGAAUUUGCCUCUAGGGCGCCUUAUUUUGCUUACGUUUCACGUUAGAAGGACACAGCGUGAUCUUGGGUUUCCUGUGCCACUAAUGUGUGACUUCCAGAACGAUGGCUGAUAUAAGGAAUCGUCUAGUAAAAUGGUGUGUUUGUUGUUUUUAGUCAGUAGGACGUGUAUCAGCAGGUGACAGAGGCUUUCUGGGUAAACAUCAAACUGUGGGCAUGGAUUUUCAUCCUAGACUUGAAAACAGUACCCUGGACCCAAAGUGAAUUUUAUCUAGCUCUAAACUGGUCACUUUGAAGUUACUUUUAAUAGUUAAUACUUAUAUAUAUUGAGGCUCUUAUCUGGAAAGUAAUUACUUGAAAGCUGUGCUCUUUCAAGCUAAACCAAAAAUUUGAUAGUUUUUUGUCAAUUUAAUUAGGAUGAGGAAUUCAAAGUCACUGACAAAGAACUUCUAACCAGGCCAACGACAUCACUAGGAAAAAGUCAAGCUUCUGCAAUGCCACUUUCAAUUGAAAACCUAGUGGAGUCAGACAAGGAUCCUUGUGACGUAGAGGAGAACUUUUCCCAACAACUGUUUUCGUUUGCCUGGCAAAUGGCUAAAGGAAUGGUAAUUAUCUUUGUUUACUGGAUAAUGUUGCUGGGAUUCUGAUUCUGAGUAUAGCUUGGAAAGAAGAAUUCAAAAGUCAAUGUUUUAUAAACAUGAAAUAGAUGGGAUAAAUACAUUGUCUGUUUUUCUAGAUAUGAGUACAUUAAAAUGGCUUAUAUGGAAAAAAAGUUCUUUUCUGUCGACCCAGUUUUGGUUAAAUUCGUUUCGUUAUGCAUCUAAACGAAAAUAUCUGGAUCUGAUCAUUGCAGAUAUUUGCUUUUCAUUUGUAUUUUUUCAUCUAUACUUAACUACUUAGUGUUCAGCAGGUGGCCAAGGUUUUCUGGGUAAACAUCAAACUGUGGGCAUGGAUUUUCAUCCUAGACUUGAAAACAGUACCCUGGACCCAAAGUAAAUUUUAUCUAGCUCUAGACUGGUCACUUUGAAGUUGGCUCUUGUCUGGCUCAAGCAAAUUAUGUUAUUUUUAUCUUUUUAUCCGUUAGUUGCUUAUUUACUAACAAGGAAAGUAAUUACUUGAAAGCUGUGCUGUUUCAAGCUAAACCAAAAAUUUGAUAGUUUUUCAUCGAUUUAAUUAGGAUGAGGAAUUCAAAGUGACUGACGAAGAACUUCUAACCAGACCAACGACAUCACUAGGAAAAAGUCAAGCUUCUGCAAUGCCACUUUCAAAUGAAAACCUAGAGGAGUCACACGAGAAUCCUUGUGACGUAGAGGAGAACUUUUCUACCAAACAACUGUUUUCAUUUGCAUGGCAAAUAGCCAAAGGAAUGAUAAUUAUCUUUGUUUUCUGCAUUAUGUUGCUGGGAUUCUGAUUCUGAGUAUAACUUGGAAAGAAGAAGCCAAAAGUCAAUAUUUUAUAAACAUGAAAUAGAUGGGAUAAAUACAUUGUCUGUUUUUCCAGAUAUGAGUACAUUAAAAUGGCUUAUAUGGAAAAAAAACUUCUUUUCGGUCGACCCAGUUUUGGCUAAAUUCGUUUCGUUAUGAAUCUGUGCUUAAAUACUUUGGAUUAGAUCAGUGCCGAUAUUUACUUUUCAUUUGUAUUUUUUCAUCUAUACCUAACUACUUAAUGUUCGGCGUACCCCCGCUAUUAUUUUUUGAGAUCAUUUUUAAUCGUUUUUUCGUUGCUUAAUUGUUAUUAGAAUCAUCUCGCCGAAAACAAUCUUGUUCACAGAGACCUUGCUGCCCGUAAUGUUCUUGUUGGUCAUGACAACCAGAUCAAAGUGUCAGACUUUGGGUUGAUGAGACAAAUCUAUGAAGAUGUGAGCAGCACAGCGAAGUCCAGAAAACUUCCUGUAAAGUGGAUGGCCCCUGAAUCACUUUAUCAAGGGGUUUACACGACCAAAAGUGAUGUGUGAGUGAUGAGUUUUCCCGCUCCCUUGACAACGGAACUAUUGAAACUUUUCUACUGAAUAACUUCUCAAAAUUGUAUUUGCCGUCAAAAUUACAGAAGCAUAAAACUCUGAAGCGCCUAAAUCCCCUUAUACUUUUUCAUAACCAUGCUAGGGUUUUUAGCCGUCCAAUUAGAAGCACGGAAAAUUGUUUGCCCAAAUAUGGAAUCAUAGUAUAGAAGGCAUCUCCGUCGAAAUAUAUAGCUGCUAAAAACGGAUUCUUCCGAUCCAGUCCUUAACAGCUUUCCAAUUACACCCAAAACUCAAGAGUACACGCAUUUUUGGGCUGCUCCCUGGGCAGCAAACAAACUAUAAAUGCCGUGAAUCUGUACAUAUCUUCUGGUUUCUCUCAUAGUUGGUCUUUUGGUGUUGUUCUUUGGGAAAUGGCUACCUUGGGUGAGUGGACAGUAAUUUUGUAGUUUAUAGUUGUCAUGUUAAAUUUGAGGUGACUGACAAAGUAAAAAAGCAUUUUUCAUAAUCUAUGACUCUUAUCGACCGUAGAAAUGAUGUCGAAAUGUUGAAAACUCGUGUACCACCCGCAGGAUAAUGGUUUUACACUGCAAAGUUUUGAGCUCUCCAAGGGAAUUAAGGGGACCGUGCCUUAACCCACCUUCCCCUCUUUGCCAUGGUGGGAUGUGGCUUAACUGUUACGAUUGUUAUUAAGGUUGCUGCCUCCAGGAAGGGCGAAAACAAUGUUUUAUAAUGUUUCAUUUGCGGCAAGUUUGAAUUUUCUUGUUUGAUCUGGGCUCUGUUUUAAUUGAUUAAGUGCAUUUGAGACAAGUACGUACAUCUCCUAGAUGAUAACCGUAUGUGACAAUACAUAUUUUAAUAUGUCAAAUUUUAAAAUUUGGGAACAUUUGAUGACUGGAAACGAGAAGCCUUAUUGUUAAUCACCCUGGAGUGCCUUCUUUCAUUACACAUUUAACUGCAUUGGCUCUAUACCAGACCUCCAUUCAAUCAACCAUUUUUGCAAAAUGGCCCUGUUGAGUUUAUAUGAGGAGGAGUGACAAUCGACUAAGGCAUCUUUAAUAGAAAUCUAUCUAGAGGAAAAUUGCAUGUAUUCAGUUGCUGAUAUAUAAUCAUUUGUUUUCUUUCUCGCAAUUGUCAGGAGGCGUACCAUACCCCACGCUGACCAACUCAGAGUUGUAUCGACUGCUCGGUACUGGUUAUCGCAUGGAAAGGCCUGACAUGUGCUCCGAUGACGUGUACGUUUCUUGAUUAGAUUGGUCUUAGAUUUAACAAACAGAUUCGAUUUUUCUGUGCGUCUGCUCGAUCAGUUACAUGUCACACCGAACGGUGCAGCAUACGAAUUCGUCAAAUAUUUUAACACUUUCUUUGAUCAUAUUAAGUACUGACCAGACGGACGGCAGGGGAAAACUUUUAAUGGGGUCCUCACUCUUUGAACAAGGAAACCCUUCAUUGGCUUUAUGGUCAAUAAAGGCAUCAUUAGUAGUGAUUAGGUUAAUCUCUUUCCUGGGUUCGGGGGAAGUACUCCAUGUACUAGGGAGGCACCCCAGUAGUCUACUAUGUUGAAACUUAACCCCCUUUGGUGUCUAGCACGGUCUAGCUAGGUCUAGUCUAUGACGUCACCGAUUGUUCUAACCUGGGGAAAAAGUGGAUUCCCUUUAUUAAUAUGUAUAAGUGUCUUCCUGCAUACUAAUUUGGAUUAGGUUUACUAAUGAGUGUCACUCUACUACAAUAGGAACAAUAGGCUUGUCUAGACUUACCCGGGCUCUUUUAACCCUGAUUGGAUAGUAAACAAUCCAUUAUGUGUUCAACAUAAAAGCGCGCUCACCGUUCAGCAUUUUAUUAUUGUCACAAACUCCAGUAAAUAAUAUUUUUGAGCGGAUAGCUUCCAAACAUACUAGUCAACGGUCCGAAAACAGUACUCGACUUAAAACUAUUCACUGUGACCAAAGAUAAAUAUUUUUAAUCUACAAAACCAUUGAUUCUGUUUUGUCAAUAUAAUUCAACCUUCAAACGUUUCUAGACUGUGGUAUCGAGCGUUAACCAUUAACAGGUUGGCCUUUUUCCUUUUAGACCUGUAUCAUACGAAACAAAACGAACGCAAGCGAACUGUAUUUUAUUAUUCAUCGCAAACUAAUUUAAUAUACACUGAGCCAACAUGAACGCUUGUCGCAUAAAUUAUCCACGGGAAUCAACUCAAUUAUAUAUAAACAAUAGCGUGAAUGCGCUUGGGUGAACAUCUUAAAAGCUUUUAUUUCUUCGAAUCUUACAAAGCAAAAAUACAUUUAUUGUAGUAACUCAACAACUUAAGAAAAAGGAUUACAAUAUGGUGAGCAAAUGAUUAAAGCCUAGAAAGUGCCUCUCCCUCUAGCUCUUUCGAUUGCUUUCGUUUCUUGAAGAAAUGCUUGGACACUUGGUUCGUCUUCGUGUAUAUAAAUCCACUUUCUUUUGCCGUUGGAAUAAUGUUUUAUUUUGACGGGCCAGUAAUUUUCAGAUGCAAACAUGACUGUGGGGGUAUAAGGGUUAACAGCAUUUCGAGUGCUCGUGUACAUCUCGCAAAGGCCAAACCCUUCUGGAAUAGCUUUGAGAUAGGGCGCUCCAUGUAAAUAAUUCUGCAAGGCGGACCAGGUCAUCCCACACCAAUCCAGAUCAAACGGUUUCGGUUUACGCGUAGAUGAUUUAGCUUCACCAUAUUUCGGGGGCACAAUAAGAUCCUUUGGGGGGAUCGAUUCCACCUCUCCCUCUGGUUUUAAGGUUUUGUUGAUACUUGGGUAAACUCGACAAGAGCCAAAGAUGUCGCUCAACACCUGCUUAUUUGCCGCCGUGUCCGGUUUAUUAUCUACAAAGAUGUAACCGUAAGGCCUCUCUGUUUCCUGAUAAUAAGCUGUCAUGAAUCGUUGGCGAUUCUUAUCAAACAUACGCUCAGCAACAAUUCCGAUUUGUUUCCGAUCGCUAGGACUUCGGAAAAGAGCCAUGUACUGUGCAUUCCGACUGAUAUCGGUGUUAAAUUUUCCCUUGGGGAACAUAUUCUGAAGGAGCAGUAUGACGCUGGCAUUUCCAUGGCGACCUUGGGUAAACAACCGAGAAACGAUGGGGCUUUCGAUCGCUUCUGCCAUUAGAUCAUCAAAGAUGAUAACGUUGUUGUAUUUUGGGUCAAUUUCUCGCAGAUCUUCUUGAAAUGUGGGAAGGCCACGAAAAAAUUUAAUGUCCUUUCCGAUCGCUGAUUUCAAAGCUUCGUAUCUAUCUUGCCACUGACUGUAAUACCAUAAAAUGCGACGGGGCUUGUUGGUUUCGUAGACAAUACGAUCUCUCGUUAGAAUCUGUUCUACGAAAACUGUUUUCCCUGAUUGACUUGGUCCAACCACAAGGAGUGAGAACUUAUGGCGAAACAUAAAAUCUGGAUAAGGCUCGGUUGCCAAGGAAACAUCAUGGGAAAGCUUUACCUUCUUUGCAGUAGAAGAAGUUUUCGGCGUUUCGUUUACUGGUCUCCUUCUUUUUCUUGGUUCACAUAUUUUUCUCGUGGAACUAGAUGAACAACGAGGUAAGUCGACGCUUGUAGAAAUAUAUUCUCUUUUUGAUUCCCAAGAAACCUUAGCCUCUUUUAAGAGUCGUGUUCGUCUUAGCCCGGUUAAGUCAUGGACAAUUUCAAGAUGAGAACUCAAGUUGGACACACCAGGUUUGCCACAUAGCGGACAAAUUCGAGGAAACGUUCGAGGCAUGACUGCUUGCGAAAAAUGACUCACAGUUAACAGAAUCAUUUAAUAUAUAGUUAUUUUACAAUGGUGGGGAGUACUUAAGAGAAUUCAGGGGUACAGGAGGGGUACAGGAAGGGUACAGUAGGGGUACAGGAAGGGUACAGUAGGGGUACAGGAGGGGUACAGGAAGGGUACAGUAGGGGUACAGGAAGGGUACAGUAGGGGUACAGGAGGGGUACAGGAGGGGUACAGGAAGGGUACAGGAGGGGUACAGGAGGGGUACAGGAGGGGUACAGGAAGGGUACAGUAGGGGUACAGGAGGGGUACAGGAGGGGUACAGGAGGGGUACAGGAAGGGUACAGGAGGGGUACAGUAGGAGUACAGGAAGGGUACAGGAGGGGUACAGGAGGGGUACAGGAGGGGUACAAUGAAAGUUCAUAGAGUUCCGUUGUGCUUUGCAGCCGUGCCUCCAUCGAUAGCUAUAAAAGAAGUAAGGCGCUGUUUCUGAUUCAGUCAGUUCUUAAACCUCGUGCAGUUCGGAUCACAAUGUUCAGCAAUUAUAAUCGUUUCGUUCAAAAAGGAUAUGGAAAUUUUGAAGUAUUUAUCCUUCUGAGUUUCAAUUUAGUGAACUAUUAGAGCAACUGAACACAUGUAAUUCUACAAAGUUUCAGUUCGACAGGGUUCUUCAUUUUGACAGAAUACGUUUGAAUAUUCUAAUUUAGUACAUACACACUCAGUGAUCUUGGUAAUUCAAGCAAUCUGAUUGGCUAGCUAUUUCGGACUAUGACGUUAUAUUCACCGCGCUAGGCGGUGAAUAUGUAGCAGAACGAAAUCGCUGUCGUGAACUGGGUGUUUUACCAAAGUUUCAUAGUAAAGCCUUUUUGAAAAUACACGAAUAUUCAUGUGCUGAUGACUUUAAAGGCAAGGAAAGACUUCAUGGUGUUUAAACAGCGUGAUUUAUUGUGAAGUGGUUUAUUUUGCUAGUCGAAGUAUAUGAAAGGGUAGGGAAAUCUAUCAUUUUGGUCUGUAAAAUGACUUCAGAGAACCAGAUAAGAUUUUCUGGCUGUGAAAAAGUCGAGAAAAUUUUGUAGUCUGUUAUUUAUUCGUAUUCAAAAGGAAAUACAUUUUUCAGCAAUUAAAAGAGAUAAAGUUAAAGUUCUUUUCUGUCAAUAAUGAUACUCAAAAGGAUAAGGGGUUGGACCUCGGGGCAGAGCUUUACAUAAUAAUGGCUGGAUGAAGGAAUAGGGAAUCGCGUGAUAACCAAAACGUUCCAAGAGCCCAUUUUAAUGGGCUUUACGUGGAAGCUUCACCCAAAAGGAGUACCUUUUUAGGCCACAUGUAUUAUUUUGGAAAGGUAGGAAUUUCACGAGCUAAAAUGUUUGAAAUGAUGGGAAAUUUUGUAACUUCGGUAAUUUACACUAAAAGAUAUUUUAAACAGAGGUGCCUUUAUUGUAUACUUAAUGUUAAGGGCUUAAUGGCUUAAAAAGUGAAGUAGUCGUACCAUUGUUUCAGGAUAGGCAGGAAAGGAAUGUAUACGAAAGGGGUACAAAACGUAUAAAAGGAGUUGGACCUCAGGGUGGAGCCUCCCUGUAAACUCAUGAAGCUAAGGCCCGGUUCAGACGCCGCUCCACUCAUGUGCCGAACCUAACUGAUGAAUUAAGUACGGCAAAAUAGCGGCGUCUGAAUCAAUUUGUUACGGCAGUUUUAGUUUGGUGCGGCAAAAGCGUUAAGUUCGACAGAGUCCGUCGAACUUUUGUCGAACUUAACUUAGGUUCGACACACGGUACGCCGUCUGAAUCAGAUGUCGCGCCAGUGUCGCUCCAAAGUCGAACUUAUUCAGUUAGGUUCGGCACAUGAAAAGUACGGCGUCUGAACCAGGCCUAAGACGCCUAUACAUUCUACUAAAAAAAUUUCUUUUAUUCCAAUAGACCUCUUUCGCUUGUAUGUUUUGUUUUGCCAAUACAGUUCAUGUCUAACGGUCAAAUUCCCCUGGGACCUAUUUUGCGAAAUCAAAACAUACAAGCUAUAAAGAGGUCUAUUGACACUGUCUAAUAAUUGACUGGAGCUCUACUAAGCAUUGAAUGGUUCUUUUUUUUUUCUCCAUUCAUAACAGAUAUGAGCUGAUUACUGAAUGUUGGAACGAAGACCCUUACAUUCGUCCCAGUUUCUACCGUUUGAUCGAAAAAAUGGAGGCGAUAAUGGAAAGGGAUGCACCAUAUUUGAAUGUAAACAAACACAAUGAAUAUCAUCCGUAUUACAACGUGCCUCCUGAAGCUAGUGCUGAUUGA